AUGCCAUCAACUCUAGUCAAAAUUCUGAAGCCCGACAAUGUAGUUUCUUCAUCAGUGGUCCAUAAGAACACAGGUAUUGAUGAAGUUGAGUCCAAUGCUACAACAAGUAGCGAAGACUUUAGCACAGAUGAAUCAGAUAGUUUAGAUAAUAUUGACUCGACUAAUAUCAAUCAAGAAAAAUCGAAGAACCGCAAGAAAAACAGCACUAUAAAAACAAAAUCAUUAAUCAGAUCAAUAUCAACAUUAGCAAUAACAACUAAUGUCGAUUCACCAUUGUUAUCUCCAGCACUGAAUAUCAAAACAAAUCCACUUGAUCUGCCUCAUGAUCGAAAAUGUCGUCAAGAGAGCUUGAACCAGCUCAACCAACUGAUCCUCGAUGCUCGACAAAAAAAAUUAAAAACCAAGAAAAAAGAAGUAUAUGAACUACCUCCAUUAAUUAAGCAAAUUAUUCGAUGUUUAUAUCCAUCAGAUAUCGAAGAUAACAAUUAUUCACCAAAGCCUGAUGUUGUUUUUACUCUGCAAACAUUUAUUGAUUUGUUUCGUAUUUAA